UGAUAUUCAUUAAAGUCUAUUUAAAUUUAAAAUAUAUGAAUGAUAAACGUUAGUAGCUUAACAACACCAUAGCUUUGGUUUCAAAAAUAUCCCAAAAUUUUCAAAGCUCAGAGCAACAUGGAUGAUGACCACGAAAUCAACGCUCCUCUAAUUACAACCCACCGCAGCACCACCAACCACGCUACCACUUCCGGCGACAUUUCCCCCUCACCGGCCGGCGAAAAUUCCCCAAUCGAGCAGGUGGCGCUGACAGUCCCAGUAACCGACGAUCCUUCUCUCCCUACCUUCACCUUCAGAACAUGGAUCCUCGGAACACUCGCGUGCGUCGUCCUCUCGUUCCUCAACCAAUUCUUCGGAUUCCGCCGCGAGCCGCUCUCCGUCACGGCGAUCUCGGCGCAGAUCGCCGUGCUACCGCUGGGACACCUCAUGGCGUCGACGGUGACGGAUCGAGUGUUUUUCAGGGGGAAGAGGUGGGAGUUCACGCUGAAUCCGGGGAGGUUCAACGUGAAGGAGCACGUGCUCAUCACCAUCUUCGCGAGCUCCGGUGCGGCUAGCGUCUACGCGAUUCAUUUCGUGACGGCUGUUAAGGUGUUUUACCGGAAGGAUAUGACGGCUGUGGUGGCGUUGCUGGUGGUUGUGACGACGCAGGUUUUGGGGUUCGGUUGGGCGGGGGUUUUCCGGCGGUAUUUGGUGGAGCCCGCUGCUAUGUGGUGGCCCCAGAACCUCGUUCAGGUCUCGCUUUUCAGGGCGCUGCACGAGAAAGAGGAAAGGCCAAAAGGCGGGUUAACUCGGAACCAGUUCUUCCUCAUAGCUUUCAUUUGCAGCUUUGCUUAUUAUGUCUUUCCAGGCUACUUGUUCCCAAUGUUAUCCUCACUUUCCUGGGUCUGCUGGAUUUUCCCCACUUCUGUACUAGCACACCAGUUAGGUUCAGGGUUGCAUGGUCUUGGAGUUGGUGCUGUUGGUCUUGACUGGUCCACCAUAUGUGCUUAUCUUGGCAGCCCUCUGGCCAGUCCAUGGUUUGCCACGGCUAACGUUGCUGCUGGUUUUGGCAUUUUCAUGUAUGUCAUCAUGCCCAUUGCUUAUUGGCUCAACCUUUACAACGCAAGAAGAUUUCCCAUAUUUUCAGAUGGUCUAUUCAUGUCCGAUGGUGAAAAAUACAAUAUCUCAAGUAUCAUGGAUUCCAAGUUUCACCUAGACAUGGAGGCUUAUCACCGUCAAGGCCCUCUUUAUCUUAGCACCAUGUUUGCUAUGGUAUAUGGCAUUGGUUUUGCUUGCCUCUCUGCAACCCUAGUUCAUGUGUUUCUCUUCCAUGGGAGUGAAAUAAUGCAGUUGAGUAAGUCUGCUUUCCAAGACAAGAAGAUAGAUAUACACACGAAGAUCAUGAGGAAGUAUUACAAACAUGUUCCUGAAUGGUGGUUUGUUUGUAUUCUUUUGUUCACUAUCAUGGCAACUGUAUUUAUUUGUGAGUAUUAUACUGAUCAACUCCAGCUGCCAUGGUGGGGUGUGAUUUUAGCCUGUGUUGUUGCCAUAUUGUUUACUCUUCCAGUUGGAAUACUCAGAGCCACGACAAAUCAGGCACCGAGUUUGAAUAUCAUCACAGAGUUCAUAAUUGGAUACAUUCGCCCAGGAUAUCCAGUUGGUGUCAUGUUGUUUAAAGUGUAUGGGAACGUGAGUAUGAAACAAGCGGUUUUCUUUUUGCAAGAUUUUAAGCUUGGCCAUUACAUGAAGAUUCCUCCUAGAGCAAUGUUCAUGGCACAGGUACUUGGCACCUUAGUAUCAGCAUUGGUACAUUUAGUAACAAUGUGGUGGCUCAUGAACACUGUACCAAAUUUUUGUGAUAAAGAAUUGCUUCCACAAGGUAGCCCAUGGACUUGCCCAGGUGAUCAUGUCUUCUAUGAUUCGUCUGUGAUAUGGGGUUUGAUAGGGCCUCGAAGAAUUUUUGGUGAUCUUGGACACUACUCUGCCAUCAAUUGGUUUUUCUUGGCUGGUGCUAUUGCCCCUUUCCUUGUUUGGCUUGCACACAAGGCAUUCCCUGAAAAGGAAUGGAUUAGACUCAUCACUGUUCCUGUGCUCUUGGGAGCAUUAUCUGAAUUGCCACCUGCUACAGCAGUGAACUACUCCAGUUGGAUUCUUGUUGGAUUUGCAUCAGGAUUUGUUGCCUACCGUUACCACCGCGGCUGGUGGAGCCGCCACAAUUAUGUCUUGUCAGGUGCACUUGAUGCUGGAUUAGCCUUCAUGGGUGUUUUGCUCUACUUGUGUUUAGGGAUGCAGCAUAUCAGUUUAGAUUGGUGGGGCAGUGACUCGGAUGGGUGUUCCUUAGCUUCAUGUCCAACUGCUCCAGGUGUUAAAUCUGAAGGGUGUCCUCUUUACUAAGUAGAUGAGAUAUGUACAAAUGUCUUCUAGCAUGUUUGGAUAAGCUUCUCUUUCUUCAAAAUCAAUUCUGAAACUCAGAAGCUCCUCACCAAAAUCGACUCUAACAAAUCAAUUUUAGAAGGAUUUUCAAACAUGCACUACAUCAUUCUUAAUUCUUCAAUGUGUAGAGGUUUUGUAUAAAUUUUGUAAAUCAUUGGAUUCAAUUGUGAAUGUUAAUGUAAGUUUGCUUUCUAUAUGUGAAGAGGCCUUGCAAUUCAUUGAGUGGUAUAACAUUGCUCUCAUAAGAUAUCUUAAUAAUGUAAGAUGCUCAUUGGCCCUGC